ACCAUGGGCGAUCUUAUCCCGAAUGAAAGUAAUUAUAAAAAUAGACGCCUUUUUUAAGAACCGCGGCAUCGGAGGUACUCGCUAGUUUGCGCACGUAAUUUGCAUUUAAAAAUCGAGUAGUAAUCACUGUGCGGUAUUCUGAAGUCAAAAACUUCACCCCUUCUAGAGGCUUCUUUGGCUGUCUUGUCUGCGAUUUCAUUCCCCGUGAUGCCUCGAUGGGAAGAAAUCCAGGCCAACUAGAGGUUUAUAUUUUUGGAAAAAAAGCUGAUCUUUAAUUCGAGCUUUUUCAAGGUCCAUUUGCCAGAUAACUAUAAGUGCUUGGAGGAUGGCCCAAGCCUCAGCCGAAAAGAUGGUAACUUCGGUUGGCAAUUUAUGCCUCAGUUGAAAGUCCAAGUCUGGAGAGUAUACGCCGGCGCCCACAAAGCCUGACUCGUCUUUGGAACCGUCAGUGUAAAACGAGACAGCAUUUCUCCUCAGGUCCUGAGUGCUUUCAAGGAAAAUAGAAUUAACGUUUUGGAUGUCAGAGUGAAAAUGGAUAGGCUUUUUCAUGGCGAAUGGGAUGUCUGGUGGCUGUAAUUAGAUCGUCCAGACUGGUGGUAACCGGGCUGAAUUCUUGGCUGAUGUUCUUGAUGACUAAUUUGGAGGCUGCAAUAACAAUCUGCUUCCUCUUUGUUCUCUCGUGGACUCCGUAUGGUGUUCUCGCAAUGAUUGGUGCUUUUGGAAAUAAGGCAUUGUUAACUCCCGGUAUCACGAUGAUACCAGCAUGCGCGUGCAAAUUUGUGGCUUGCCUGGAUCCAUAUGUAUAUGCCAUAAGCCAUCCAAGAUACAGGUUGGAACUGCAAAAACGAUUACCAUGGUUAGAAUUGCAAGAGAAGCUUCCCGCAGACACACAGAGCUCUACAACUGAAACAGUGAAUGCGCCAUUAUCUUAAAUCUCAUUCAAUUUUAUAUAAUGACUGUAGUUAUUUAUGAUAUGAUAUGAUCAAUUGUCCUUAUAAAGAUUAUAUUUCUUGUUAUUACAGUAUGUUGAUUGUAUAGUCUAUAUUAAUCUAGUAGCAAGUAAACAAUUGUAAAUUCAUAAAUGUGAAUAAUGUAAGCUUAAUAAGCAUAA